AUGGACGGGCCUAACGUGAAUUGGAAACUGCAUGAGCUAUUCCAGGAACUGAUCUCUGAGGUUGACGAAAACGCACCCAUCUUAGUUAACGUAGGCUCUUGUGGACUUCACAUUGUACACAAUGCUUUCAAAGCUGGAUCAAAGGCAUCUACUUGGAGCAUUCAGGAAGUUCUGUCUUCUCUUCAUUGGUUAUUUGUGGAUUCACCAGCACGAAGAGAGGAUUACACAGAAAUAACCAGCAGUGUUGUAUUUCCAAUUAAGUACUGCAAGCACAGAUGGCUGGAGAACCUGCCAGUUGUAGUACGGGCCCAGGAAAUAUGGAAAGAAGUCACUUUCUAUGUGACAACGGUGCAACGUAGCAGCAAAUAUAGUGUGCCAACUUCAAAGUCCUACAAGACGAUAAGAGAUUCAACCCAAGAUCCACUAAUGCCUCUCAAAUUUGCUGCUUUUGAGUCAGUGGCUAAACAGCUGCAACCAUUUCUGGUACAGUUCCAAAGCGACAGCCCUCUUCUACCAUUUGUGGCCAGCAGUCUAGAGAAGGUGAUUCGUGGUCUCAUGAAAAGGUUCGUCAAAGCUGAUGUACUCCAGGGUGCCAGCUCUGCAGUAAAGCUUCUGAAGAUUGACUUCAAGAAGAGGGAGAAUUGCCUUGACGUGGAGAAGUUGGAUGUUGGUUUUGUUGCUGCCACGAAGCUGAAAGAAUUGCAAGCAGCCAAGAAAAUCAGUGAUCGUCAGACAUAUGAAUUUAGGAAGGAAUUCCAGUCGUUCCUUACAGCUACAGUUGGAAAACUUAUUGAGAAGACCCCAAUUGCCUAUUCCCUUGCCAGGAACCUGUGCUGUUUGGAUCCGAUUCAUAUUGUGACAGAGAAAGAAGCAAGCUGUGCGAGGUUCAAGAUUGUCCUCAAGAAAUUGGUAGAAUGCAAGAGGGUUGAUAUUCAUGAUUGUGACAUUUUGUUGUCACAGUACAGUGAAUUUACGGAACGGGCUACACAGGUGCACAAGUCUGAGUUUGAAGACUUUGACUUUACAGAUCAGAGAUUGGAUGCAUUUCUCCAAAAACACAUUGGUCUUGUCGGUUCACUUUCCAAACUGUGGGACGUUGUGAAAUUCCUCUUGUGUCUCUCACAUGGGCAAGCAAGUGUAGAAAGGGGAUUUUCCGUUAACCGACAGCUAAUGAUUGAGAAUAUGAAGGAGACCACUUUCGUUGCCCAACGCACCAUUCAUGACCACAUAUUGAGUAUUGAUGGAUUUCAUAAAUUGGUCAUUUCGAACGAGUUCUUACCUCUGCUAAAGCAGGAAGACAGCGGUAUCACGCCCAUCUUGAAGAGCAGCGACAGCUUGCGAAAAAUGUUGCCAAAAGCCACAAACGAAAAUCUGUGGAUGAAGCAAAAGCUGAUUUCCAGAAGAAAAAGAAGAGACUUGAAACAGAGAUCACCACCUUACAGUUUGAUGCUGACAAAUUAG